UGUCAGGCUGUGUUCACACUGCAGCUUGAAGUGACCAAAUUCCACAAUUUUUUGCCUUAAUCCGACUUGUAUCGAAUGUUUUUCACAACAGUCAUGGCAGACCAAUGAACAGCAUUGGUCAGAUUUUUUUCAAAUGUUACCCAGGCCCCUUGGAUAUCCGACAAGUAUUUGAUUUAAAUGCGACUUGCGUCCAGGUUGCAUUCAUCAGACCUGAACAUCAUUGAUAGUCAACAAAUGUCCCUAUUCUGUACACUGAUACACGCAAGUGGGAAGAAAAACAACCAUGGCGGACUAUAGAUUAAGUUGUUAAUAUGCUGGCUUCGGACGGACAACAACUUCAAAAUUGUAAUAUAUGCUCCACCGUUAGCAUCCACGUUUACUUCUGCAAACACUAAGCACUUCUUCUUUUUUAUGGCAGUUGGCAUUUUCUAUAUGACGUUAUUGUGCCCACUACUGUGCAUGCAGGGCACUUUCAGGUCAUUUGCACUUUACACUGAGGAACACAUACACGUCACAUAUAUUUGGAAGUGUGAACAGCCAUAGCAAAAAAAUCGGAAUUGGGUCACUUUGAGCUGCAGUGUGAAUAGAGUCAGAAUUCAAAUUUUAAUUGAAUAAAAACAAGCUUUUCUAAAAUUUUACUUAAAAAUGCAUUGAAAUGUUGCUGUGGUCAGCCCUAUUGAAACGGUGGGUUAGGGUUUUGUCACUACAAUACAACAGCGGCUGAAGAUUACUCAAGUGUGAAUAAAACCACAAAGAUUACAUCAGGAUGGCCUCUGAAUUGAAAAUUCCCGGAGCAGCGAUGGACAGGGUGAGCCUACUGUGGCGUCUGAGGCGUCGCGCUCGCCGUGGAGCCAUCUGCAUGACCUUUUUCUGCAUCUCCAUGGCUCUUUUUUAUGCCCUGUGUGCUGAAAACAGUGUGCCUGUCACAGACGCCAUCUUUGGUGUGAGGGCACAUACCAGGGCUCAGCCUCGUACACACUCAGUCGUCAAGGUGCUGCGAGGCGGAGCAAAAUCAAUCUACGCAGACCCUCAGAAACACCCGGGUAUAAUUGCAGGUGACCCUCACCGCCCAAUCCCUGUCUUGUCUUCACCCAACCACACCAACGAGGACUGGGAGUCUCCACCAAAACGAGCAGCAAAAAUGAAAGAGUCCUCAGGUUUUUUUUCUCACCUGCUGCCAGGACCUUUCACACGGGCACUGGAGACUCUAUUUGUUGGCCGCCGUAAAGGAGAGCUGAGCGGCAAAUCGGGCGACUCUGAAUUCUUUGGGUCUAAAGGGAUUUUAGGAGAUGUGUGGAAUGAUGAGAUGUCCAGCAGCAUGCUGGGAAACAGGCUGAAGAGGGUUGUGCAGAACUAUCAGGCGAUGAAUAAAUACGGUGUACAGGUGUCUGGACCUGGUGGCACCUCCAACCGGCCCAAACUGAGCGGCAGGGAGCUGCUCUGCCAGCUCAAGGAGAAGGUAGAGGUCACCACUUUGACUUCUGAUCAUCAGCCUUUCUCUGGGUUGGCCUGGGCUCCCCUGCUGCUACCCCCACAGCAGCUGACCUCUGACCUUGGGCCAUACAAAAGCUGUGCAGUGGUGUCGUCUGCAGGGUCGCUCCGCAACUCCGGACUAGGCAAGGAGAUUGACACUCAUGACGCGGUGCUCCGGUUUAACGCCGCUCCCACCAGCGGCUUUGAGAAAGAUGUUGGCUCCAAAACAACCGUGCGUCUCAUUAAUUCACAGGUGAUGGCGUCUGAUGACCAUCGCUUCCUGUCCAGUUCUCUGUACAGCUCAGGUGUUCUGGUGGCCUGGGACCCCGCCCCCUUUUCCUCCAACCUCAGUCAGUGGUACAACCACACAGAUUAUCCCAUCUUCAAUCAGUAUCAGAGAUAUAGGAGGCUUCACCCACAGCAGCCCUUCUACAUCCUGCAUCCUCGCUUUGAGUGGCAGCUGUGGCAGCGGAUCCAGGACAACAUGGCUGAACCCAUACAGAAGAACCCGCCCUCCUCUGGUCUGCUUGGCACCAUCCUGAUGAUGUCACUGUGUGAGGUGGUGCACGUCUACGAGUUUCUGCCGUCUCGCCGGAAGACGGCACUCUGCCACUACUAUCAGCGUUUCUAUGACGCCGCCUGCACAUUCGGGGCUUACCACCCGCUGCUGUACGAGAAGAACCUGGUCAAGCGCAUGAACCAGGGCUCCGAUCGGGACAUCUACAACCACGGGCGCGUCACGCUGCCUGGCUUCAGUGCCAUGAAUUGCACAGUGUAAGCGGUGCAGAAGCACUCAGUGAAAUGUGUAUAACGAGUGAGGAUGGACGCAUGUCAAACUCAUAUUUGCUGCUUCUCUUUUAAAGACUACCCUGUGUUAAUAUUAAAUGACGAUCACACAGAAACACUGGCAUGAAAUUACAAAAACUGGCACUUGUAUGUAGUAAGCUGUUCCAAACGAAGCAUUAUAUUUCAUCCAAAUCUAAACCUCUGCACAUUCCUUAAUGCUGUUUUACAAAAUUUGAGAAUCCUUUAUAGUACUUAGAAACUCCAUUUUUAUGGAGAACAUAAAACCUAACUCCAAAGCAAAGGGACAUGUAUAACAAAAAUCAAACUUGAUCCUGUAAGCUCCACUUGGUUUAGUUUCUACUUUUUAAAUGGAUACUAAAUUUGAUCCAAUUUUUGACUAACCUGGGUUAAAACAUUCUCAGAAAUUAGCAGGAUAGUCUUCACUUGACUAUUUGUCGUUUUAAGCCAGAUGUUUAUUUCCUGUAGUUACCUGACCCUCUUUUCUCUGAAGUUGCUUAUUUUCCACCAAACUUGAACCUAAAUGGAAACUAGAUCAAUUUAGGAUAAAAUUGAAUUAUGACUUGUCUCCUAAACAAAAUACUACAUGUAAAUAUAAACUUCCAGGUUCUGUUCAUAUCUUUAAAAUGACAUUAGUUUUAUCUGACCUGUCAGAUUGCUUCUGUUUCAGCUGCUUUUGUUUAAAAGGACUCAUUUUUGUUUUCUGGAUAAUUUGAGCACUUCUGAAGUUAAAAAAGGCAAAGUUCUUCACUGCCAACAUCUGACUGGGUGCCAUCACACGGCUCAGUUUACAGCUAAUUUUACACAUGUCUAUGUAACUUUCUUGAGCUUUCUUGCUCAUUUAUCUCUUGGGCAUUGUUGUUUGGGGAGUUUAGCUGCCCUUCUUGCCAAGGCUCUGGAAGCCCCACUGUCAAAGUGACAGAGUAAAGAUGUAGAAUGCGGCUGUUAACUGACUGUAAAUAAAAGUUUAUCUCUGAAGUUCUGACACUGAAAAAUUCUAUUGCCCUCAGAAUAGAGGUUAGUGUUGUUUUGAUUGAUUCAUUUUUUUCCAUGCAUGUUUGAGAAAUCCUUGAAUCUCCCUUGGCAACUAUUCAGCUGUGCAAAAUGCAGGGGUGGACUGAGGAAGAGGUUCCUCUUCGGAGCUGCAGUUUUUUAAAGCACCUGGUGGAACUGCAUAUCAGCUGAGCUCAUAAUACAAACUAAUUCUUAGUGCAAUGCCUGUAAAAAUGCUGUUAAAGGCUUGACAGAGGAGCAGGGCUCCUUCUUCCUGAAGGCAGCGUGUCUGAACAGGAGUUUGAAGAGACAGACAGAGGGCCAAUAUCAAGGCUUUUAAUACAAAGUCAAGUUCAUUUUAAAUCAUAUUUGAUGUAUACCACAUUGGUAUAAUGACUGAACUAAAGUCAACAAUUACUCAAAUGUGCUACAAAAUAAUCAUGUGGCUAGGAAACACUGUACUGCCCCUUUAAGAGCAUGUAGAAAAAUUGCCACAUGCCGUUUUGCAGAUACAUUCAGCAACAAAAAUCUGAAUAACCAAUGUAAAAUACAUAUUUUAGGGGAUGUGGUGAAUCAUUGUUUAAUUGGAAAACAUAAAAUAACUAAGUAUUAAAAAUACUUAAUUUUAAAAAAUUGGUAAACAAUUUAAACUAAUUUAACAAAAGCUAAGUUUGAGUCUUCUUGGAUUCUUAAUGUUUCUGGUCUUGAAGUUGUUUUCACACCUAAGUGAUGUUGGCAUGCAAAAAAAUUCAUUUGGAAAAUACCUGUGGACUCAGCAAGAGGCUUCUGUUCUUCUUCUGUCAAUGGUACAACCUGCAUUACACCCACUUUAUAUCGGACAAUUAGACAUUUCUGUUUUGCAUUAAAACAAAUGCUAAAAAAAACUCAUUUCUGACUUUCAACCAGCAUAAUGGACUUGGUGCAAAACUCAGAUGUGUGUGUGUGUGUGUUCCUGCCUAGCUUAGAGGACUAAUCCAGGGGGAAGUGCAGAGCAUAUAGAUCUCUGCUUUCUCCAGUAAAUGCACAGUGUUCACACUGCUCUCUCCAGUGCAACCAUCUAAUGAUUGGUAAAAGACCAAAUUUAAGUUAUACUAAAAUAGCAUCUUUAUCUGCAUCAUGGUAGCAUCCAGAACAUAUAGCAGCUACACCCAAAAAUUCCUUACUACGCAAAUCUCUUGUGGCGUCCAUCUCUUUGUUUCUUGGGAUUCAUUUGUUGUCUAAACAUGGAGUAUGAGAUUGUGAGACCGGUUAGGAAGGAAGACUUCAGCACCAUGCAUGUUUAUAUACAGUUAAAAUGUUCCAGUUUUACAGUCCUGUAACAAACUGCUUGCCGUUAUUCUUAUUAAGUAAUCUUGCAGCGUAUGGAGCUAGAACACCUGGAAGGAAAUGUCUGGUUCUUGGCUAUGCAAAGUUUCAAAGAGUGUUGUUUUAUAGAAAAUCCCCAAAUUUCAUUUAUACAUGAUUCACUUUCAGUAUGCACAAAGUGUAUUACAUUGAUGAUAUAAAAGAUUAAGUUAAAAGCCAAACAAUGGCUCUAAAUAACACAACAUUUUGUUUAAUGAUGAAUAGACUUUUGGAUCUGCAGAUGUUCAGGCUUCCUGCUUACUUUCUUUAAGCUUACUACAACCAUAGCAAGUUUAACUUUUCAUAAAAAUUGGAUUCGUAUUUUAUACAUUCUUCAAGAUAAUUUUAGCCAAUAAGCUCAACAAAUUGUGUUUUUAAGGUCACAGUUUCCUAAUUUGUAAGCUUAUCAGUCUGCCUAGAGAUGAAGCUGCAGUGAAGAUAAAUGUGUGUAAGUGUGAAAGUUUCCACUCCUGUCAUGAAAAGAACAGUGAAGUGUCACAUUUACAGCACAGGAACUAAGGCCUAAAAAUGUCUGAACCUUAACUUCAGACCAGUUUAAACUGGUCACAUUAUAUUCUUACCUUUCUGUCUCUGAGAUGCAUUCCUAAGCAUUUAGCAAAUCUGCUGUUUACACUUUUUUCUGCAUGUGUGAGCAUCCACAGCAUACCUCUGCUUUUGUUUGUAGAAAUCACAAUAACUGUUGCAGCUUUUCUCUGGGAACUAAAACUUCUGUUAGCCUGGAUAUUUUUUUACUGUGAAGAGCCACCCAGUUCUACUUUCACCUACUGUGUCUGCAUGUGGAACGUGUGAAACUUUUCUUGGAGGUUGUUUUUUUUACAAGAGAAAGAAAAAAGAAAACCUUUAUGUAACAGCAUGGCAGCUAAUGCAGCUCAUUGUUUUCUUGCUGCCAUGCAAACUGACAGUAAGAACCUGCGCGGAGCUCCUUAAACUUUAAACAGCAUGUCUACUUACCGGGACUGCAAAGUGAGGCUCAAACUCAAGGCAAGCACACAAUUGCUCUGAGAAAGAAGCCAUUUUCUUGUGCAACUACCAUUUUAUCCUAAAAAUACAUCUUUCCAUGUCUCUGGUACAGAUUAGUUUUAUGCUGAAAUACAAAAUGACUGAGUUUUUCACUGGAGUGCUGGAAACCUCCCCAGAAUUUUCAACAAUAUCUGACUGGUACAUUUUUUGAAGCAUCUCAUAGUGUGCACCAUUGAUGAUUCUUUUGCUGUUGUUUUUUGUUUUGUUUUUGUUUUUGUUUUUUGUAAAUUGUCUUCCUUUAAUAAAGAGUCCAUUAUUAUUGGACUAAGGCAAUUAAAAGUAGUAGUGGUAAAGAUCUGUUAAGUCUGGCUGAUAUUUCAUUUCUUUCCUGUAUAAUAUUAAGCAGAUUAACUUUGUGCUACUAAUUCACAGUAUCGUAGCAGACUACAUAGUUGGCCCUAACCUCCUUAUUUAGAACUUUUCAUGCUAUUGUGCAAACAUGAAGGGUGGACCCUCAUUGCUGAUGUGUCAUCUUUUAUAUUCAGACCCUGUACACACAGUAGGACCUAACAGGUUAGGUUAAGAAUCUGCUUUAAUUUCAUUUAAUGCUACAUCUGUUAAAAUGAAAAAAAAAAAAAGUUAAAUUAGACAGAAAUUCUAUUGAUCACAUUUGGAUUGUGGUUCCUUGUUUAUUUUACCUUCCUUGUGUUGAUUGAAUCCACAGUCUGGGUCUCUUCUAUUUAUUAAACUUAUACUGCAGCAUGUAUAAGUUUAAUAAAUGACGACUGAAAUGUUUGGUCUAUAAAUGGUUUCCCAAAUGCAAAAGAACAGCAUGCAAAUAGAGUGCAUACUGUUAACCUCAGAACAGUAUGCACUCUAUUUGCAUUUAUAAUUGGACCUGGGAAUUAUAACUGUCACCUCCAGUUACAAAUGAAAGAUCUGGGAGAUUUUGCUAAGUAUUAAACAAUAUAUUUUCUUGUGUUUUUCCCAUUUAACCUAUGUAGAAACAUGUUUACCUGCAGAUCAUCAAAGUGCAAAUGCUACUAUGUCAACUUGACUGGUGAUUAGUUUCCAACUGUCCAAGUUAGUAGUACGACUAUAGAGAGCACUCCAGUUGAUCGUUUUUCUGUAUUUUUAACUUGGAAUGUGGAAAAAAACUAUGAUUAAAGAAUGCACUGUUAAUGGUAGCAGAGGCUGCCUCCCCAGUGAACUCUGCCUAGCUAUGUAGCUGCUACUGCAGUUUGAUUGACAUGCUGCAUUGGUUUACAAAACUACUGAUUUCUGCAACAAAAUGUCAAACUACGUAGCAAUAAAUGCUACGUAGUUUUAAAAAAACUGUAGUUUUUUUUUCUUUCAUGGACCAUCAGAGCAUUUGUAAGCUCAGAGAAUUCUGGCUUAUCUUUUUGUUUUAUUUUUGUUUUUUCCCAAUACAUUGAUCAUGUUUGUUGUUUAAAAUUAAAAACAUUUCCUAUGCAGUUGUACUAAUGUCUCUAAUUAACGUGUCAGAAGAUUUUGUUGUUUCAAAUAAACAAUGUACAUUCAGUUCUA